UCCCUCGCUCACUGCUACUGCUUACAAAAACAAAAGGAAGGGAAUAGCGCGCAUGCAAUAGCUCUAGCUCCUCCGCUCCUCCCUUAUUGCAUCGAUCGAUCCAACGAGUUACGACUGACGAUGGAUCCUUGCCGGAGUACUGAGUAGAGAAACAGAAUAGUACUACUACUAAUUAAAUAUAGUAUGGUAUGGAUUUUUCAUCACUUCCUCUCUUGUAUUCUAGUGCGACAACGACUGUUGUAACCACGACCCUGGUUCUGGUUGUCGUUUAUGGGCUUUAUUGGAUCGGAUGGAACAACGGCGUCGUCGGCAACUACAAGAAGAAGAGGGAUCAAGCACGCCCACGUCCACCCGAGCCCCCCGGUGCAUGGCCCAUAUUCGGCCAUCUUGCUCAGCUAGGGGGGCCCAAACCACUGUUCCGUACCUUGGGUGACAUGGCCGACAGAAACGGUCCGGUGUUCAUGCUCCGGUUCGGUAUGUACCCUACCCUGGUCGUGAGCCGUUGGGAUGUGGCAAGAGAGUGUUUCACCACCAACGACAGGGCUCUGGCCAGUCGUCCAACUAGUGUCGCCGGGAAAUACCUGUCCUACGGUGGUGCUAUCAUCGGGUUUGCUCCAUACGGUGCCUACUGGCGAGAGAUACGCAAGAUUGCCACACUGGAACUCCUCUCUAACCGUCGGAUAGAAUCGCUGAAACACAUUCAGUUCGCAGAGGUAGGGAAAUGCAUCAGAGAGCUGUACGAGCUGUGGGUGAGGAAGCAAAGGCGUCCCUUCACGGUGGAAAUGAACCAGUGGUUCGGGGACCUGACCAUGAACGUUAUCGUUAAAAUGGUUAUCGGAAAGCGAUAUUUCAACACCACCGACCCAUCGGACGAGGACAAGGAGGCCCGUCAAUUUCGAAGGGCAAUCAUCGAGUUCUCUAAACUGGCAGGGGUUUCAGUGGCAUCCGACGCCAUCCCAUUUCUGGAAUGGAUGGAUUUACAAGGGCACAAGAGUGCCAUGAAGAAGGCGUCCAAGGAAAUGGACUCCAUCGCCGUUGGCUGGCUGGACGAGCACCGCGACCGCAGGCGCGGAAACAGAAACAGAGAUGAUCAGCAACAGGACGACGACUUCAUGGAUGUUCUGCUUUCAAUACUAGAGGAGGAUACUCACCUCUCCACCUACGAUCGCGAUACCGUUGUCAAGGCCACCGCCCUCGCUCUGAUCUUGGCUGCCAGUGAAACCACGGCAAUCACCUUAUCAUGGGCGCUCUCCUUGCUGCUGAACAACCGGCACGUGUUGAGAAAAGUCCGGGAUGAAUUGGAGAAAUGUGUUGGGAAGGAUAGAGAAGUGAAGGCGGAUGAUAUAAAGAACCUGGUGUACCUGCAAGCAGUUGUGAAGGAAACACUUCGCUUGUAUCCUCCGGGUCCACUCUCCGUACCACAUGAGGCUAUCGAAGACUGCUGCGUACACGGCUUCAGGGUCCCAGCAGGGACGCGUGUUUUGGUUAACCUUUGGAAGAUACAACGCGAUCCUACGCUGUCGUCCGACCCUUCCCAGUUUCGUCCAGAAAGAUUUCUCACCGUCACCGGGGCCGGCAGCACCACCCACAUCAACGUUGAUGUCCGCGGUCAACACUUCGAGUUGAUUCCGUUUGGGUCGGGCAGAAGAAUUUGCCCAGGGAUUUCAUUUGCUCUUCACACCAUACACAUGACGCUUGCCCGCUUAAUUCAUGAGUUUGAGCUGGGGACACCCUCCCAAGCACCUGUCGACAUGACCGAGGGUUCCGGUUUGACCAUGCCCCGAAUUACGCCAUUGCAAGUCAUUUUCACCCCACGCCUUCCUUUCCUUCAAGUUCAAUAUAAUAACACCAACCAGUAGACAAAAAUUUGAUCUUUGAAUAAUGAAUCUAAACCUCCUUAUAUUUAACUACUAAAAGAUAAAAUAAUAAGUUCUCUCUCCCUCUCUUCUUAUUUCUCCUAGUAAUCUACCUGAAUACAUAGUUUGGAAAUUGUAAAUAAAAUUAUUGAUAUAAACCAAUUGGGGCAAUGGAGCGUGUUCGGUUUCUGUAUUUUGCUAGCUUGGGCCAGCUGUA